AUGAUUAGAAGACAAGCCAGAGAGAGAAGAGAAUAUUUAUACAAAAAGUCGUUGGAACUUCAGGAGACCGCUCAACUAGAAAAGAGACAGAAAUUAAAAGCAGCAUUAGCCUCAGGUAAACCUCUUUCAAAGGAGUUGAGCGAAGACACCGAGCUCCACAAGAACUUCAGAUACGAUGAAAGCGAACAAGUCGAUAUCGACGAUGAGUAUCUGGCUAUGAGUGGCAUCAACGAUCCAAAGAUCAUCGUAACGACAUCGAGAAAUCCAUCAGCUAAGUUGCUACAGUUCUCUAAAGAGAUCAAGCUAAUGUUUCCAAACUCCAUGAAAUUGAAUAGAGGUACCUACGUCAUUCCAGAUCUUGUGAAACUGUGCUCGAGAGCUGCUAUCAACGACUUGAUUGUGCUUCAUGAACACAGAGGUGUUCCCACCUCACUCACAGUAUCGCAUUUUCCCCAUGGGCCUUCCGCUAUCUUCACUUUGCACAAUGUUAAAUUGAGACAUGACUUGCCUAACAUCGGCAACAUCUCUGAAGUGUAUCCUCAUCUCAUAUUUGAAAACUUUUCAACAGCUCUUGGGCAGCGUGUGGUGAAAAUUCUUAAGCAUCUUUUUCCACCAGGGGCCAAGAAGGACAGCUCAAGAGUGAUCUCUUUCAUCAAUAAUGAAGAUUUCAUCAGUGUCAGACACCAUGUUUAUGUCAAAACUAGGGACGGAGUUGAACUUAGUGAGGUUGGCCCGAGGUUUGAAAUGAGACUCCAUGAACUCAGACUUGGGCUUCUCGACAAUAAAGACGCUGAUGUGGAGUGGAAGACCAGACGCUUUGUCAGAACUGCUAAUAGAAAAAACUAUUUGGCUGAUUAA